AUGCGAGUAAUAUCUUCGUAUCCCAACGCAUUUCUCUCCCUUUCUUCUUCCCCGUUUCCCCAAACCGGCCUUAACCUCUCUCUCUCCCACGUCUCCCCAUCCCCUCUGCUUACCUCCCCUCAUAAUCCUUUCACUGCUGCUCCUCUGCUGCUUACCUCCCCGUCUCUACCACUUCACUGGUGCUUCCCGCCCUCCUCCUCUACCACUUCACUGGUGCUUCCCGCCCUCCUCUACCACUUCACUGGUGCUUCCCGCCCUCCUCUACCACUUCACUGGUGCUUCCCGCCCUCCUCUACCACUUCACUGGUGCUUCCCGCCCUCUACCACUUCACUGGUGCUUCCCGCCCUCCUCUACCACUUCACUGGUGCUUCCCGCCCUCCUCUACCACUUCACUGGUGCUUCCCGCCCUCCUCUACCACUUCACUGGUGCUUCCCGCCCUCCUCUACCACUUCACUGGUGCUUCCCGCCCUCUACCACUUCACUGGUGCUUCCCGCCCUCCUCUACCACUUCACUGGUGCUUCCCGCCCUCCUCUACCACUUCACUGGUGCUUCCCGCCCUCCUCUACCACUUCACUGGUGCUUCCCGCCCUCUACCACUUCACUGGUGCUUCCCGCCCUCCUCUACCACUUCACUGGUGCUUCCCGCCCUCCUCUACCACUUCACUGGUGCUUCCCGCCCUCCUCUACCACUUCACUGGUGCUUCCCGCCCUCCUCUACCACUUCACUGCCGCCUCUCACUCUCAGUAUCCUGUCUCCCCUUUCCUCCCUCCGCCCACCCCCCUCCCCAUCCCCCACCAAACAGUCUGAGCGUGCUGUUCAUAACCCUCAGCUGUGUGAGCUACGCGCUGCCGUUCCUCCUCUGCGCCGCCAUAUGCUGCUGCCUUCCCUGCCUGCUGCACCUCCUCGGCCACCCCCACCACGACGACGAGCACGGCGGUGCAUUCCCCCUCGCGCGCAGCAGCAGAGGCGCCACCACCGCCGCCAUCACGACUCUCCCCUCGUUCAAGUACCGGAGGCUGCCGGAUGGGCGGGGCGGCCGGGUGCUAAGCCUCUUGUCUCCUCGCCUCCCAUACCCCCUGAACAAUACCCCCUUCCUCCUCCCUUACACCCUUCCCAUCCUCCUUCCUUCCCCUCAUUGUCCUCCCUGUCGACUAACUCUGCUGCGUCUGGCUGGGUCGCUAGUGGGAUGGGGUGGACUUUUGCUCUCCCUCCGUACUUAUCCUCUUUUUUUUCCUUCCACCCCACCCCACCGCACCCCACAGCUCUGCUGCAUCUGCCUGGGUCGCUAUCGGGAUUUGCCGGACUUCCCAUCUCCUUCUACUUAUCCCCUACUCUGUUCUCUCUGCUGCAUCUGCCUGGGUCGCUAUCGGGACGGGGUGGACCUUCGAGAGCUGCCCUGCAGCCACCAUUUCCACCAAUCCUGUGUUGACACGUGGCUCAAGAUCAACUCCUCCUGCCCGCUCUGCAAGGAGGACAUUGCAAACCGCCCGAGACUCGAGGCUGAUGUCUCCGCCCGAGACUCGAGGCUGAUGGUGAGGAGUGGCUGUAAUGAGGGCGGCCCUUUCCUUGCUGUGCCUUGCCCACCAACCUCUCCCCUUCACACGCUGCAUCUAACCCGCAUUUCCCCUGCCCUCCAAUCUCGUCCUGCCACGUGUCAGCUGCAAGCAUCCCCGUGGCACCUUUUGUUUGACAAGGUCCUAUACCCUGCACACGUGGAGGGGUAG